UGUAUUUUUAAACCUUUCUUUAUUGACAAUCAAUUGAAAUAAUUUCAUAAUAAAAACAUUAUGUGAAUAUGUAUAUUUUGUACAUAAUGUCAGUAACAGCAUAACAAAUACAUAACAAAUAAACAACAAGAAUUGAAAACAUUCUUACAUCUUAGCAGAGUAUAUCUGUAUAUAUCUGAAUAUAUUUUACAAUGCACACAAUAAAUAUGGUUCCUAACAGUAAGAUUUGAACUACACAUGUACUAUUAAAAACAUACAUCAAAAAAUAAUUCCAUGAUUAAUUUGUUCAAUAAAAGAAACUUAUAUUCAGUGAUUUCUUACUAAGUUCAAUUCAAUAUAAUAUUUUAGAAUUAUUUAAUUAUUUCCAAUUUGAUCAUUGCCACCUUAUCUAUGAAUAUAAUAUAAAAUGACCCAUGUCAAAGAAAAUUUUAAAAUGGACAUUACACACAGAAAAAGUUUUUAUCAUUCCAUUUUUAGGACAAAACAGAUAAACAGUACUGCCAUCUUUAAAUGCAACGUAUAACUGAGUACAAUGACAGGUUUAUAUCAAGUGAUUCAAGCUUUAAUUCAAUUAGGAACUGCUUGCAAGAUACCAAAUCUAUUAUCCAUUAAAUCCAUAAUGUUUACUUAAAUUGUUAUACUAUUAUCCCCACUGGUAUAAUUUGUAAGCUUGUGUCAAUUGAUUUAUUCUGAGAUCAUUAGUACUUAGGCUUAUCUUAUUCCUACCUUUUGUGUAUAUUCACUAUUGAUUUUAUUCUACAAGAGCCAUAGGUACAUUAACUCAGGUCAUGUGACCUGUAAGGUCGUUGCUAUAGUGGUGAAAACACCAGCGUGUAUUAGUCUGCAUGUUUACCUGUACAGGUAAAUUUUUACAUAAAAUAGUAGGAUUUUUGUACAAUUUUGGCAUAUAUUGAGCCAUAGGAUCCAUGAGAUAUACAGGAAUAAGGACUUUUAUAGUGUAGUUUUCAAUAAGGAUAGAUAAGUGAUAAGUGAUACAAUAUUGACAAUAUCAGACAUUUGGAGGUGAGUCAUUAAAAGAACAUUUCUAAUAGCACCUCAAAAGACCGAUUAAUAUGGGUGACAAAAAUGCAAAUGUGGUCUAUAUGCCUGUCUUGGCUAGGAACCCUGUCUACCCCCCAUGGGCGACCAGUAAUGGGGACUAUGGAGAAUAUUACAGAGGAGGUCAUGGGCAUAGUCUCUACCUGCGCUGGUUUCACCCCCAGCCUGAUAAAUACAAUGAGGAAUACGGGGGUGAGGUGAAACACCCAACUCAUACUCAGAAAAUGAUAGAUAAGCAUAUGAAGCGCAUGGCUCUCACUCUAAACAAGCCAAUCAACACCAAUACUGCCAAUGACCUAGACUACAUCAGGUCCAAGUCAGUGCCCGCUGGUGGAAACCCUAUGAUGUCAUAUGGUGAUAAGCCCGGCACUCCUCAACCUGGAGAAUGGUCUCUCCCUGGGCCCCGUAAAGCACCCUGGGUGGCGAACCCUCAUGUUAAACCAAGGCCAACAUCUCCAAGGAUCCGAAAUCACUAUUGCUUUGACAGAAAAGCAGCAAAAAAGAAUGGCUUUGUUCCUAAAGAAACUGGGAUCCAUCAACCAUCUCAAUGCCUAAAUACCCAACAGAUCAUCAACUCUGGUAAUGGUGCAUGGGUUUUGCCAAAUAUCGCCAGAGAGCUAGGAGUAGCCGCUGAUCCAAACGGGAGACUACAUAUGCUGACAGACCCCCAAGAAGCUAUCCAAAGGAGGGUAGAUGAACACACAUAUAGGCGCCGCCAUGGUCCUGAUAUUGCUCCUGGAGAACUUGGAUAUUUAAUGAAUUGUGCUAAAGUGAAUGGCCCAGUUAGGUCACAAAAACUUGUGAAAAGGCGAACCACCAAUGGGACUUAUGGUGGAUUUAUUGAUGAAUAUGAAGACAUAGAUGCUCUCCCUAAACCAGUUGCAGACUUUUUCUAAGGCAUUUAUAAUAGAUGGAGCUUCCAAUCUAUUUAUCUCUCUUUGAAUUCCUCAUUCUCCUAACACAAAACUCCAAGUUCUCGAAUAAUUUCUUCCUCUUCAAACGAUGUUGAGGGCCUCUUGAGGACGAAAUUUGUGGAGACUAUCUGUUUGGAGAAUUGAAAUUCUUUGAAGAUUCCAAGCCUUAUGUAUGCUGUAAAUUGCUUUAAUUGUGGGUCAUUUUAAGUUGGUAUUUUUUACAAGAUAACCAAUUCAAAUCUGUCAUUAACCAGAUUACAAUGUUUAUCUAUGGUAUUCUAAGGUAUUUUCACAAAAACUGCCAAAAUUAAAAUGUUGCCUUUAUCCACCAAAUGGCAAAAAUACCCCAAAGAUUACAGCGUGAGGCAGCAAAAAUGUAUGUCUUUUCUAAAAACAGGAUCACAUUGCAAUAUUAUUAUAAAAUACAAUUAAACUGCAGAUACAAAACUCUAGUUUAUUUCAGAUAAUUUAGUUUUAUAUGCAGUUAGGCUGCGACCUCUUGUAGAUUUUUU